CCGAAGCUUCUGCAGGGUGAGUGUAGGAGAGAGAAGCAGCUGCUCCUCCAGGCAACGGGGAGAGAGAAGGAGGAGGAGAAGGAGAAGGAGAAGGAGGUGGUGGAGGAGGAGAACGACUAGAAGGAGGAGGAUCCCGGUGACUGAGAGCGGCAGCUGGGAAAGGGGAAAAGAGAAAGAAGAGAGAAGGAGGGGGGAAAACAAACCAGCUGAUUUGAUUUCCUUUUACUUUAAAGCAAAAGAAAAUGGAAGUCGGUUAAUAAAGGAUUGGAGCAGGCGUAGAGAGCAGGGUUGACCGUGUCUCCUAGAGGGCUGCUAUCAAUUCUGCGGUUUCCCUCAGAAGUCGUGCUUAGUGAUGUCUGGACACCAAAUGGAAACCAAUGUUGCUGAAGUAAAUAACUAGCAAAUUCUCAGGGGUUGUGAUAUCACACCACACAUUUUAUUGUGGCAAAAAUGGACUAUUUUCAACAGUGGAAAGUACCGUGUUGACAAAGUAUAAUUUUUGACUGCCACAUGCCUCCAGAAGACGUUGAAGUCUGUUAAAACCAUAUGGAUUUCAAGCCAAUCAAAAAUUCGUCAUAAAAAGGUUGAGUAUUUUAAGAUGGAUGGCUUCUAGUCUGCUCUUGAACCCUGCCUCUGCUGAGUGUUGGGCAGCACUUCUACAUGAUCACAUGACUCUUGAUAUGGACGCAGUCCUGUCAGACUUUGUUCGGUCCACAGGGGCAGAACCAGGUCUGGCAAGAGACCUGCUGGAAGGCAAAAAUUGGGACUUGACUGCAGCUCUGAGUGACUAUGAGCAACUCCGACAAGUUCAUACAGCCAACCUACCACAGGUAUUCAAUGAAGGAAAAUACUACAAGCAGCCAGAGAGAGAACCAUCCCAACAGGUGAACAAAAUUGAACGACCCUGCCUUCAGAGACAGGAUGACAUUGCCCAAGAAAAACGUCUUUCCAGAGGUAUUUCUCAUGCCAGCUCAGCCAUAGUCUCCCUUGCCCGAUCCCAUGUGGCCAAUGAAUGCAGCAAUGAACAAUUUCCCCUGGAGAUGCCCAUCUACACAUUCCAACUGCCAGACCUCAGUGUAUACAGCGAAGACUUCAGGAGCUUCAUUGAACGUGAUUUAAUUGAACAGGCUACAAUGGUUGCCUUGGAGCAGGCAGGUCGUCUGAACUGGUGGUCAACAGUGUGUACGAGUUGCAAGCGUCUUCUUCCAUUGGCAACAACAGGGGAUGGAAACUGCCUCUUACAUGCUGCCUCACUAGGCAUGUGGGGAUUUCAUGACCGAGACCUGGUUUUGCGGAAGGCUCUCUACACCAUGAUGAGGAGUGGAGCCGAGAGGGAAGCACUGAAGCGGAGGUGGAGGUGGCAACAGACCCAGCAGAAUAAGGAGUCAGGGUUAGUUUAUACUGAAGAAGAGUGGGAGCGAGAGUGGAAUGAGCUCUUGAAGCUGGCAUCCAGUGAACCUCGAACUCAUUUCAGCAAAAAUGGAGGCACCGGUGGUGGAGUGGACAAUUCUGAAGAUCCUGUAUAUGAAAGCUUAGAGGAGUUCCAUGUUUUUGUCUUAGCUCAUAUACUAAGAAGACCAAUCGUUGUUGUAGCAGAUACAAUGUUAAGAGACUCAGGGGGAGAAGCAUUUGCUCCGAUUCCAUUUGGAGGAAUCUACUUGCCUCUGGAAGUUCCACCUAACAGAUGUCACUGCUCCCCUCUGGUCUUAGCCUAUGAUCAAGCUCAUUUCUCUGCCCUUGUGUCCAUGGAACAAAAAGAUCAACAAAGAGAGCAAGCGGUCAUCCCUCUCACUGACUCUGAACACAAGUUACUACCUUUGCACUUUGCAGUUGCUGGGAAAGACUGGGCCUGGGGAAAAGAUGACAAUGAUACUGCCAGAUUAGCCAAUUUGAUACUGUCUCUAGACGCCAAGCUGAACCUUCUGCACAGCUACCUGAAUGUUACUUGGAUCCGCAUCCCCUCUGAAACCCGGGCUCCUUUGGCCCAGCCUGACUCUCCUACAGCUUCAGCGGGGGAGGACGUUCAGUCUUCGGCGACUCAUGGACUCAGACGAGAUUCCAUUUGUAGUAAUUCCAAUAGCAAUAAUGGCAAGAAUGGGAAAGAAAAAGAGAAGGACAAACAGAGAAAGGACAAGGACAAGAACAGGACUGAUUCUGUGGCCAAUAAGCUGGGGAGUCUCAGCAAAACCCUAGGAAUCAAACUGAAGAAGAACAUGGGAGGCCUUGGGGGGCUGGUCCAUGGGAAAAUGGGACGGGCCAAUUCAGGAAAUGGGAAGAAUGGUGACGGGACAGAUAAAGUCAAGGAGAAGAAGUCCAAAUCUCGAAAAGGCAGCAAGGAGGAGUCAGGCCAGUCAGCCAGCACAUCUCCCUCAGAAAAAAACACCCCCUCUCCCACCGACAAGGCCAGUGUGUCUCCCGUUGAGAAAAACACUAAGAAUCUCUCAGAUAAGCAGUCAGACCCAUGGAAGUAUAGCACUGAUGUGAAGCUAAGCCUUAACAUCUUAAGAGCCGCCAUGCAAGGUGAGCGGAAGUUCAUCUUUGCUGGUCUCCUCCUGACCAGUCACCGGCAUCAAUUCCACGAGGAAAUGAUUGGUUACUACCUGACCAGCGCUCAGGAGCGCUUCAACGCAGAGCAAGAACAGAAGCGAAAAGAGGCAGAGAAGAAGGCCUCGCUGAGCGGGUCCUCCUGCAGGAAAUUGGAACAAGAGGCCUUCUCCAAGGAAAAACUGGAAUCGUCCCCUCAGGACAGGGCAUCACCAGUCUUGCCUCAAAGCCAUACAACUCAACUUGUUUUAAAAUUGAAAGACCGUACCAGUCCCACCCCAGGGUCAUUUUCUUCCCCUAGCAACAGUGCAAAGAGGAAUGGCCCCACUCCCGUUUCUGCCCACUAUAGCCAUACUCCACCAGUCCAGAGGCAAAGCGUGAUCCAUUUGCAUGAUGUCAACUCCAAGCCGUCCAGCUUCCAGGAUGAUACCUACAAGCCAGUGGUUGGCACUCUCAAAACCUGUGCCACGUACCCCCAGCAGAAUAGAUCCCUGUCAUCACAGAGCUACAGCCCGGCCCGAAUAGCGGGCAUCCGCACAGUGAACACAGUGGAAUCUUUGACCUAUGCCCUGCCCACAGAACACAAGUCCCAGACGUACACCAAUGGCUUUAACACUGGUGAUAUUAGAGACUGUUUAGAGUAUGCCGAUGAGGAAGCACCACAGACAUGGUUGAACAAUGAUAAAAACAGAGGCCGAAGCACAGUUUGCCCCAUCUACUCCAUUCAGCAGAACCGUUGUAAGAAGGAGAACUGUUCCUUUUAUGGUCGCCCAGAGACUGAAAACUAUUGUUCCUACUGCUACAAAGAGGAGCUCAAGAGAAGGGAGAGAGAGACCAAGGGACACCGGCACUGAAGACUUCUGAGGCUCUUCCAAAACCAAUUAGUCUCAUCAUUUUUUUUUUUCUUACGAUUGGCAAAAGGUGGUAGGUGAUGGAGGAAAGCCAGUCCUUCCCAAAGGGAGUGACAGUCGCUGUCAGGCUUGUGGCUUCUAUUUGGGGAAAACAGAGAAAUCGGAGAUGAAUUUAUCAUAAAGAAUUUAUUUUCCAUUUUGUCAGUGUCUUUUUUACACACCCUGGUCAGCUGAAAGGUUGUUUACCCUUUUUUGUCAGUGCUGUGUCUAUGUGUGGUCAGAAAUCACUAAUGGUGCCUGAACUUACACUGAUGUCACUCAGGUAGUAGGAUAGGGGGGAAAGUCAUAAUAUUGGAGAUGUGAUGAUGUGUUAGGAAAGCAUCUGCCUCAUACACGUUGAAGAUCCAAUAGCCAUCAGGAGAAUCUUUGUGUUCCUCAAGAAAAUAAAUAAAUUCCACAAGCCCUUUGUUUUGAGAAGGGGAUAAUUUUUCAUACUUUUUUUUUAAAAAAACAAAACAAAACAAAACAUGGUGACUGACAUCUUCCACAGUAGUUGACAUUUGUAUGAAUUCAAUUAGCAAUGCAUUAUGUAGAAACAAAAUGUGGAAAGAAGGUCUGUGUUAGUGGCUCUGCUGGGUAUGCUUGUUAACAAGUUUAAACAGAGGGCUCUUUGCUUCCUCCUACUCUCUCAACCAGUCCUAUUGGGUGGGGAGGGGUAUAGAAAGGUCUUUUGACUAUUUCUGACAUUAUGACCAUUGUCAUUGACCCUUUAGGAAUAUAAGGCUUCAUCUCAUAAGCAAACCCUCUUAUUGCAUCCAUCUGUCUAGAGGCGACAUUUACACUGCCAUCAAAAAUAGCCCAGUUAUCUCUAAAAUGGGUACACUCUAACCUACCUCACAGGGGUGUUGUGAGGUUUCUGUUCAAGUCUGUCAGCUGCUUGGAGAUCCUCAGAUGACAGGAGCUAUUCAAGAGGGAAACAGGAUGAAAUUCCUGCCCUUCACCACAAAGGCAGGUGGGAUGUAUAAAAACUCAAUGAACUCAUCCUGGUACAUGAGCAAAAUGAUACCAGUCCACUCAGAUUUUUAAUUUGACCACUUUUUUUUUUUAAAGGACUUUUGACCAUGGGCAUGUGGAAAACUUAUGUAGCCAAGGGUGUGGCAGAUGGUAGGUCAGGGAGCCAUUUUUGUUUGUGAGCUCACUACGGAGACUGGCUUUGAAAUGUGAGUGGUGGAUAAAGGAGUUCUUAACCUACACCCAAUCAAAAUAGAAUCAGGUGGAGUGGGUGAUGAGGGAGACACAGUCCUCUCUGAUUAAUUCAGGCCAAGGCCAGAGUGUUCUAUGCUGAAUGUAUAGAACCAACACCAGAUAUCAUAGACCCUGUAACCAUUUUUUGACCAUAGGAUGAUGAGACCAAGACUGAAACUCAUUAAAUUUUCCAUUUUCUUGUGUGGUGCCUCCCAUAGGAAACAUAAAUUUCUCAAAAGUGUAUCUUUAGCAACCCUCUUUUGUACAGCAAUACCCAUCAUCCUUUUGUGGGUUACCUCUAGUGAAUGACAGCUCUUAGCCAAGGGAAUGAAUAACAUCAAAACUUACCAUUCCAAUCAAAUAUUAGAAUUUGUUUGUUUCUGAGGAAUAGAAACAAAGGACCGAAACCUCAAUGACAAAAGAAAAAUUAAAAGUCCUCUUAGAGCCUUAGAAUAGCACUUGAUUCCUCCUUGACAACUGCUUCUGUGUGAGGCUAUGACAAUGUCAAGCCUCAGGAAAAAAAAAAAAAAGACAGGUAGAGUUGUCUCUUAAUUUGAGCCAACUGCUUCACAUCUGGAGAAGAUGCUAAGAAUGAACACUAACAGCAAAAAAAAAAAAACGAUACUUUUUUUACUUGUUUUAAUUAUUACAAUAGAGUAAUUCCUGUGAGUAAUUAAUUUUUUUAUUCUGCGGCAUGUGAGGUUUUCUGCAAGUUAUUGGAGUUUUACAUGAACAAUUCCUUGAGUCAAAAUUCUUUAGUAAAUAGAAAAAAACUUUACUGGAAAUUUUUUGAAAAUUUUAAUUUUCAUGCUGAACAAUACUUUGAAUGUGUAACAAUUAAUAAUACAUAUGUUUCUCCUGUUACAGUUUUUUUGUUACUCAAAAGAAGAAAAAAAAAAGAUUUUUUUCUUUCUUUUUUAAACUCUGGUAUAAGGGUUUUUCAGCAGCUCUUUGGAUGAUCUCAUCUGUUCUGUUCGGGCCAGAACUAUUGUUUGUGACCCAGGUUUACUGCAUUAAGGAAAAUGGUUGCUUCGUUUGUAGAAUCCAGACUAUCCAGACGUACACACAGAUAAAGGAACAUAUGGCUGCUCCUUCUAACAAGAUUAAAUACAAAUUGGACAGCUAACCUUAAUGAUGCUCAAAUACACAUCCAGAAAUGGAUAAGAGCCUCACAGGCACCCUGGGGGGCCACGAGAGCAUCAAACAAAGUUGAUGUUUGUUUCUAAGUUUUUUAAUAGUACAGCCCUUCUGCCUGUCAAAUUUUUCAAAGACAAAACUUGCUAUGCAAAUGUUUUACCUUUCUCAUGCACCCUGCCUGGUUUAAACACCUAUAGAACUCCCCUCUUCCCCAUCCCCUCUCAAAAAAAAAAAAAAAGGUCUAUUGUAAUACAGGAAAUUCAAAAUUCAAUACUGAGUAGUGAAACCUGUCCCUUUUAAUAGAAUGUGGCAGACUAUUCUCUUCCCUCGAAAUUAAAAGUAAAUCUCACCCCUGCCCCACUGCCACCUUCUAUGUAUUGAAAGUCCACCAAGAUCUUUUUUUUUUUUUUGAAACUACUUUAGAAAGAGUUCUAAAUCUACCCCCUAGCUAAGGUUUUAGACAUGUCUCACCACGAAAUGUUCUGUGUCCAAGACAACAAGGCCUGGUCAAGCCAACAUACUGACUAUGACUGGUAUAGGCCCUGAUGGCACUGAUCAAGCCCAGACAUUGGGCCUGGCACUUAAUUAAAGCUUUUUGAUCGAGUCAUCCAUUUCACAUCAUAAAAUAGUUGCAUCCUCUAUCCUUUUUCUUGAGAGCCAUCUUUCCAACAGUAUUUGCAAAAAAAAAUAAGAAAAAACUAUUUUUAUAUUAUAUUAUAAUUUAAUAAUCCCAGACACCAAUAUGUUGCAUGCUACAUAAACGACAGAAUUAGGCUAGGUCCCUGGCCAGGGGUCUCUCUGACUCAAUUAUGAUAUCAUGCUGAAUAUGAACCAGUAAAAAAUAAUAAUAAUUUAAUGCUACAAGAUGCAUUUUUAGAAUGCAUAAUCAUUCUUUAGAAGCGUGCCAGUGUGGUAUGGUGGAAAGAGAAUUAACUUGGGAGUCGGGAGUCCUGGGUUGAGUUCUGACUGACUAGCUGUGUGACACCGGGUAAGUCAUUAACUUUUUUGGUCCUGGUUUCCUCAUCAGCCAAAAGGAAGGGGUUGCACUAGAUGACAGUAGCUCUAAGAUUCUAUGAUUUAUAUUUACUUUUGGGAGCAAAAAAGGGGGAUAACAAAGAGGAUGAUAAAUAAUAAAGGAAUAUUUUUCCCUUGAAAGAUAGUAAGUCUUAUUAGGAAGAAGACCCCUUUCUCCAGAGGAACUGCCAUAAUUGGGUGAUCAAAGGCCCGACCCACGUAGCAAAUGAUGGUAAAGUGGUCCACUCUUACUUUGGUCCACUUGGUUGGUUUUAACUCUAUUUGGUGAACUUAUUGACCUGACCGCAGGAUUCAGAGGCUCACCAAAUAUUCAUAAAACAUAAUGAAGGUUGUUUCAGUAAUUUGCUUAACAUUUAUUUGCACACUUAUUACCUGUGUAUAUGAUUUAAAAAAAAGAAAGGUCUAUUGUUAAAGGAAGGUGUAAGUGUAUUCUGUUUGUAGAUUUCAGGCUGUAUUAUGUUGACAUUUUACAAGCCAAGUUUAAAUUGUAAUAUAGAAAUUAUUUUUAUAUUAUUUUCAAAAUAUGCCGCAGAGCAAUAUUUUGCGCCUUUAUUAUAAACAGGGUUGUCACAUUAGUGGGGUAACUUGAGAGUUGUUAUGUAGACAUUUAACCAGGAGAAGAGACCUAUAUAGUGUUCUCUGGAAUUCUGAAUGCUACCCUUUUGUGUGUGUGUCCUGAAUUGCCUAUUGAAAGGUAGAACAUGCAAAUGUAUUUCAUUGAAAAGCUUGAUUUUCUUUUCAGUUGGUGGAGUUUUGUCCCUUACUUUUCCCUUGUAAAAAGCAGCUUCAGAAUCCUUAAAUUAUCAUGGAGUUUUUGUUACCUAAAUAAAUGUUCCCUCCCAGAUGACUUUACUGGGAUCCAGAGUAAUUUGAAUCCAUACUUGUGAUUUCUAAAAGUGGAUUUACUUGACUCUUUGCAAUGAACUCAUUGUCAGAAGUGUGGUGAAUUUUUAAGUGCACCCUUUCCUCUCCCCCCAAAAAAAUAUUUGGGGAAAAGAAAUCACAGUUGGGGGUUGAAUUCUUAACCUUUCCUUACUUCUAAAACUCUUGAGAAAAUGGCUAUUCAACCAUACAACCUGGAAGCCCGACUUGUUCUAAAAUCUCCUUUUGGCUUCAAGAACAUACUUCGCUGAAGUCAAAUGGGCCCAUAAAAAUAUAUUUCAUGAGAUUAGGCAACUAAUGAGACUUUUGUAUAAUCAACAGUAAGUAAACUACAAGGAAAAAAAAAUCCCACCUAUUCUUAUGGAAAGUUGGGAAACUGUUUCAUUUGUGUGUUAAUAUCCAGAGGGAAAGAUGUGACUAUGUAUUGCAUGUAUUUGCAUCCUUAUCUUUGUCUAGUCUCUUUUUUUUUUUUCCUGCUGUGGUCCAUGUAGAUUAUGUUCAUAGAAAUCUUAUGAUGCUACAAGUAAUUGAAGAGAAAAUAAGAGCAAUCUCACAGAUAGAGAACCCCCCUUAGCCAACCCAAAUAUCUAUUAUCAAUCUACUUAGCCCUCUUCAUUACUUCUUGCCCAAGUAUUUGGUGUUCCUUCUUUUAGGGGAAUUUGAACUUGUUGAAAAAUGAGCAUAUAGUCCCAAAUCACAGGGUAUUUUUCAUCACUUGUGCUGCAGGGACAUCUAAAUAGCCAAUGUACAUUCACACUGUGGAAAGUCCAAGGCAGUUAGCAGCCAGCCAGUUCCAAACAGCCUUAAAGUUGUGGCUCCCUGGGGACUGGGAGUCACUUAACUAGACACAGCCUCAGUCCCCAUCUCCUCUUGUAAUCAUGGCUGUAAAUACAUUUAGUCUCCCCAAUUGUGUGUUGCUCUGCUGGCUUCUGUUCUGUCACCUGCUGAAGUGCUUUGGGGGAGUAUUCUAGACAAGUGGGACUCUUCUAGGAAGUUAUGCUUUAUGGUAGGACACAUAUACACAUGCUAGGAAAGAGGACACAAGAAAAUAUGGUGCCUGGGUCAAAGCCCCCAUAACCCUGGCCAAGUAUGAGUCAUGAAUGUUUAUCAGCAUGUCCACAGGCAGUGGAAGGAGAGGGCGGUUGUCCCACAAAAUCUUAGAGCAUCCAUUGUUCCACGUGUGUAGCUGGACAUUGAGUCCCUUUUUAGCAAGUCCUCGUCUCCAGAAAGCCCCAUGACACACUGGAAUGAGAUGUUUCAUCAGGCCCAGUCAGUGAUGAUCUGCUUUCCUAAAGGGUUUCAUGGUGGUCAACAGCAGCCAGGAGAAAGUCAGUAUCAAAGCAUUCCCAAAAACCUAAGGCCAGAUGCAGUCACUAUUGGUCUUCCUCAAUAUUUCCCCCUCCCCCUCCCAUUUUGCCUGGAGUAUAUAGGGGCAUGCAGCCAAAUGCUGCCCUCAGCCCACUCAGGAGCAACUGAUCCCUGUUGGCCUUUCCCCUCUUCCUUAGCAUCACUGAUGGUGAUGCUUUCAGUCAGCAAGGCUGAAAUUCAGCAUUGCCUUCAGUUGCAGGAGCUGUUCAGAAGCUGCUGCCUCUGCACAACACCAGGCGCUCAGCUUUUUAUUUUCUCUUGCAAAAGUAAUUGGGAGAAAUUGUCUUUAGUUUUUUUUUUUUUAAUGUUUUGCUGUCUGCUUCAUCCACAUAAAAGCAAGAACCAUAAAUCUGUCUAUAUGGAAGCAGUGCAUAAUGUUGAUAGUCACCUUUUAAAAAAAAAUUCCCUCCGGGGAGAGUGCCUCAAAAAACUUUGCAAAUAUACCUGCAGUGAACAAUAAAACUCAAUUCAUUCUGCAAAAGCCAAGGAACACAAAUAAGUUUUCACCUCUGUUUUCCACUGUCUCUCCAGGACACCAGAACAACCAGCUAACUUAGUUGGGAAAAAACAAAUCAGUCAGUGUAAUUAUUUCAGGAUGUCAACACAGUUUUUAUGCUGUUUGAAAGAGAAUGAAAGUAGAAUCCAUCCUAUUGUAGCCUUUAAGAUACCUGAAAAAAUCAGGGCAGCUAGAUGGCGCAGUGGAUAGAGCACUGGCCCUGGAGUCAGGAGUACCUGAGUUCAAAUCCAGCCUCAGACACUUAACACUUACUAGCUGUGUGACCCUGAGCAAGUCACUU